UCAAUCAAAGCUUAUACUUGGAUCAGGUUUCAGUGGCCAGCUAACGUUAGCUUAGCUCCUCGCUAGUAAGUAUCUCUCUCGGUGUGAAAUGUCAAUCCUAAUUUUAGUCAUUUAAUGUUGACUUGCGUUUUGACAGAAACACAUACAUUUUCAACCAUGGACAAAACUGUUUCCAAAUCAAAAACAGUACGCCUUUAAUUCGGCAUAUUUCUAAAACAAGAUGAAACUCUAAUUCAAAUGGUAAUUUAACUUUUCGCUGUUACUUCCGGGGUCUUUCUCCAAUCAUUAAACACAGUGGUUGGCGGUGGAAACAGUCUUAUUAAUGUCGACCUUUCGCUGUUUGGUGGAUUGUAUGUCAACGGAAUUGAAGAGCAGCUAGCAUUUCUGUAACAAAACGAAUGACUGAGUAAUCCUCCCAACACUGAACAAUACAUACUUCUUAUUUUAGAGGAGCUCCAUGUUUACACACUUGUACACAUGGCACACCGGGGAGACAAACCAAAAGACAGGCACUGCAGAGCUCUGAUGCAGCAUGUCUGUAGUAAGUAGAUCUGGUGGAGGAGCAGCAGAGUCAGCAGUCUGGAGGCCUGAAGACCAUCUCUGGCUACAAAGAGCCAGACUCUCAGGUCCAGGGGGACCAUCAGUAGGCAAACAACCUGAACAUUUUCUUUAACAGAUUUGACCAGUCUGGUGCCACCCGACACCAGUGAACAUCCAGGGAGCAGGGAGUGGACAGAGACUGUGGAAUCUUACAAGUACCUGGGUGUUCAUCUGAACAAUAAACUGGACUGGACGAUUUACUUCACUAUUCUCUACAAGAAUGGACUGCUGGACAAUGUGUGUCCCCACCCCCCCAGGACACCCUGUCCUCACUGCAGCUCCUUCAGUGACAGGCUGCUGCACCGCGGAUACAGCAGGUCCUUGCUUCCUGCAGCGGUCCGACUUUACAACCAGCAUGGCCCCUGCUGAUAAAAGAGAUGAGCCUCUCCAGACAGCGAGCCGGAGACCUGGUGAGCAUCUAUGAUCAGAGUUUGGAGCAGCAGAUCGUGGGUCAAGGCUCCAGCCUGGCCUGUGGAGACGAGGACCUGUGGAGGCAGGUGGAGGCCCUGCUGAAGGACGGAGAGGCUCAGGAGACACACUGCCUGGGGGUGGACCCGCUGAAGGUGAUGGAGGAGUCGCUCACAGCAGCACCAGCAGGCGGGGCGGCACGACUCAGAGCCAGAGCAGGGCUGAAGGGCCUGUCCAAAGCCUUCGAGGUCCUGGAGCAAGCGGCCCUGAACCUGUACCUCGGUCACUGGAGGGCCGAGUACAAAGUAGUCAAGAUGUAUUCCGGUCUGUUCACCCACUACAUCAGGCCGGUGCUGUCCCUUCCUCAGAUAGAGGAGCUGUUCGGGCUGCUGGGGUACCAGCCCAGCCCCCGCGCAGAGCAGCUGCGCCUGGCCCGGGUCUCCGCUGCCUCCCUGGACCGCCUCCUGGCUCUGUCCUGCGCCUUCUUCCUGGCCCGCUGCGAGUGUCGCCUCCUGCUGGCGGCUCUGGGGCGGCACGCUGGGGAGGCCCAGUGGGAGCUGGGGGUGGUGAGGGAGAGGCAGAGGGGACGCAGCCUACAGGUUGCCCUGGACAACACCAAGAAGACCCUGGAUGUCAAUCAGCCGUUUGAUGGAGAAGGGGAGAUAGAUCUCUACACGGAUGAGUACGUUAAAGGGGGGCGAAGGGAGACGGUUCUCAUUGACGAAGAGAGUCCCCGUUCUUUAACCUGGGUGACUCAAAGCAGUGCCCCCCCCCCCGCUGUCAAAACACACAGCAACGGAGUGGCGUCCUUGUCUGCCACCUCUCUUUCUGCCAAAGAGCAGGUCUGCAUCUCUACACUCAACUGCCAGCUGAGCAAGACCUCCCCCCUGGAGGCGGGCCCUCCCAGGAGCUCCUCAGCCUGCGGGAGGGAGGGCCGACGUCCCUGCAGAGAGCCCCGGUUUGACAGAGUGGACUCCCAGUCCCGCAGUCUGCAGUUAGACAUGAGUGGUUACCGUCACAGCGAGGCUGAAACCGACCACAGCUGCCUCUGCCUCCAAUCGGCUCAUCUCUGUCCUAAAGUCUGCACUGAAUGCAAUGCCUUGCACGACAUUGACUGCAACAUGCUUGAGCUCUGCAUCAGGAAGAAGCACCAAGUGGAAGAAUUGAGAGCUUCGUCUCCCCAGGGACAGAGCCUCAGAGUGAGUGAUAUGAGCGCAUCGCUAACUCUCAGCAGCAACGCAGCCAUGUCCGUCUUAGCUCUGCGUGAUGAGCAUAAAUCAAUAAGUCAACCUCUUCAUCGGAUCACCUACCAUGACUGCUGCGACAUGGCCAAGCCGGACCCCCAGUUCCUGUGUCUCAGCUGCAGGGUCUUUCACUCUGGUUCCUGCAAAGGGAUAGAGUAUUGCCGGAGAGAUCACGACCUGCGGCCCCUGGGCGUGUGCUCCUGUGGGAGGACCUGCUACAGGAAGCCUCUGGUUCUCUGCAGAUAUUGUGGAAAUGAGUAUUGUAGCGAUUGCUGGUACAGAAAUCCUGUAACCUGUGAUUGUGGCCAAACCUUUGACCAAUCAUCUUCUGUGUGAUUUGUAUUUGAAAAGUAUUGCACUUAUCAGGCACAAUUAGCAAAAUCACAGUGCCUUAAAUCUGCAUACUGUAAACAGAAUUCAAAUCAAAAUGUUGCCUUGACACAGAACCGACAUGUAGUAUUGAGUGUGUCUGUUUUUGUAUUAUGGUCUUCUCUCUGAGACUCAUCACUCGAUCAUCCAGUUAGUGCCAUAUGAACCAUAAUCGCCAUUUUGGAAGUGUUGUAUAUUGUCAAAUAUGAAGUUGUGAUAUAGUUUGUGCUCUUGGGUCCCCUAAUGUAAUUAAGUGUCAAGCACAAGAAUGUCUGCUUUUACAUGUAUGCUUCCUGCACAGGACACAAAAAAGGUCAAUGAGCCAGUUGUCUGUGUGUGAUGUUUUUAUGAUACAAGAGGAACUCACUUUGGUGAAAGUGGAGUUAUGUACCAAUAAAACUCUGAAAAAGUA